ACCUGCUUAUUCUCCUUAUGGCCUGUCCGUCUAUACGACCCCACGGUCUGCAUGCACGGCACGCACCCAAACAACAAGGUCAUAAAUGGCCAAAAGUGGGCACCGCCUCAAAUCGCUUUGAUCGCGACAUAAGCGACAAAAGCACUGGCCACGCUCGGCUCAAGCAUGUUCUACCUGACUUCAAAAGCGCCCGGGCUUGGUGGUGAACGCAUCAGCGCUUUCCCUCCAGUGCCACUAAAAUGUCUCUCCUCCCUCAGUCACCUUCCCCGCAAAGCCAAGUGGCCGCCACCCAGUCCCUGCGUCGUGACCCUGCGCAAGUGCUCCCGCUCGAGCUACUAAGCAUAAUAUUUCAGAUCUGCGUCGACGACUGUGGCAUGACGCCGCUUCGCUUGACCCAUGUCUCUCACUGGUGGCGCGAUCUGGCUAUUGGCUUGCCUCAGCUCUGGACACACCUUCGUAUCCCUUGCCCCCACGUCGGCCAAGGGCCGCAUGGACACUGCGCGCAGAUAUGCUCAGACUGGAUCACGCGUAGCGGCCCUCAUCUUGUCUCCAUCCAGCUCCCUCCCCAUGAACAGGACUCGUGCAUGGCCGAAUUACUGGCCAAGCACGUCCUCGCCGCAAAUGGGCAGAAGAUAACCGCGCUCGAGCUACACUUGCCGGGAGAGGGAGCCGAGCCGCCUAGCCCGACAGCGCUGAGCUUCCUAAACCUACCUCACAGCUCGUUCCCCGCCCUCGAGGAACUGACCCUCUAUGUCAAUUUUGACGCACAUGCGUUCACCUACCGCGCCAACAUUGCCACGUCCUUCAACGGCUCGCCCCUUCGGCAUCUGGACCUCAAGUAUCACAGUUGGUAUGCAAAUUCUACCCCGGACCAAGUGUUGGAUCUUGACUGGGGAAGGCUGGAAUCGUUCGCUCUCUACGACUCACCGAGCCUGUGGUGGGACGUCGAGGGCAUGACGUGUUUCGUCUUGACGGAACUACGAAACAUCACUUUUCUCACCCUCACUGUGCUUUCAGACGUCGGCGUCAACGCAUCAGACGUCCUGGAGCGCGCCACAUUUCCCAACUUGCGCAUCUUCAGGCUUACGACAGAAAUCGACUGCGAGGACUUGGAGUGCAACGACAAGGUCUUCUACCAGGCGCUGGAGUGCCCUAAGCUCGAAACGGUCGAGCUGACACUCUCCAGCGCGGACAUGGACGAGAUCGAGGCCAAGUUCUUCGACUCGGGCUUCUUCAGCGACGUGGGCUUCCGUCGAACAUCGCUCGCGCACCUGCGCUCUCUCUAUCUUCGGAAUUACGCCGGAAUAUCGACGCAGCAGCUGCUCGACGUCCUCGAGGAGACUCCGAUGCUGGAACAGCUCGAGCUCAUCGAUUCUAUCCGGAUUCAGCCCACGUUCUACGAGCGCCUCGCGGUUCCAGCCACGCUCGUGCCGCGCCUGCGCUUAUUGAAAAUCAAGUACCCUAUCGAAUCGGUGGCGGACAUGCUCAGCAUGGCACCAGCCAUCGAGGCGAUGCUGCGAGGGCGGUGGGAUGCGCAGAACCUCGCGAAGCCGGGGGUGUCGCUGCUGCAGGCUGUCUCCAUCGCCUCUUUGAGGUUCAGCUACGACGCUGCGUGGCACCUUGAGUGCCCAGCUCGAUUGUCAACGCUCAGACCUGUCGGCCAAUGCCGUCACCUACUUUCUCUCGAGAUCCUCAGCGAAGUAUUUUGCUACGCUGUCGAGGGCUACCGCUCUGCCGUCGACGGUGGGACAUCUCCGCUUCGUUUGACGCACGUCUGCGUUUUGUGGCGCGACAUCGUCCUCGCUUCGCCCCGUCUCUGGACGCAUCUCCGGAUUCCAUGCCCCCAUCGCGGUCAGGGCCCUCACGAGGACUGCGUCCGGAUGUGCAACACAUGGAUCAAGCUCAGCGGAGAGCAUGACGUCUCAAUCGAACUGCCGCGCUACGAGGAGGACUCGUGCAUGACUGGUCUGCUAGCCGAGAGGGUUUUAGCGCUGAAAUCCAAUGCGCAGAGGAUCACCAAGCUCGAUCUUCACCUCCCGGGAGAAGAGGGGAAACCCGGCAGGGAGUCCUUGCUGAGCUUCCUCACCUUGCCCUACGACAGCCUUCCGGCCCUCAAAGACCUGCGCCUCAUUAUCGAGUUCACCCUCAGCUGUACCGACACUAUCAUCACGUCCUUCGAUGGUUGUGUGGAGCAUAUCAGUCUCGACUAUUUCUGUGACGAGCAAGGUGAUAAAGGACCAAGCGACCUGUUCGAACUGCAGUGGGACUGCAUCGAAUCGCUGGACCUGCGUUUCAACUUUUACACGUCGCCCGACCUUGCCUUGGAAUUCGUGUCAGCUCUCGACGAUAUCAGGCGUCUCACCAUCACGAUCGACACCUUUGACGACUUGACUGCCCGGGAGUCGACUUCCCUCAACGAAUGUAGACAUUUGAGGGACCUGCAAUAUCUGGAGGUGAAGUCUCGCUGCCUCAACGAUACGGACAGCGAGAAGCCAUUCUGGGAAGCCUUUUCGUGCCCCAGACUCGAGACGCUUGUCGUCCGUGCGAGUGCUCCGAGCAUGGUCCAUUGCAGUAUCUUCGACAGCGAGCACUUCAGGACGACAUCGCUCUCCAGAUUGCGCGUCCUGCGCAUCCAAGAAUAUGUAGUCGUACCAUGCGAAGGGGUGAUCCAGGUUCUCAAGUCGACGCCCAUGCUGGAAGAGCUGGCCUGUAGCCUACUCGCUGGGGAUCAUUUCGCCUUUUUCCAGCAGCUUGCACACCCGACCACCCUCGUCCCUCGCCUUCGAAAGGUCGAUUUCGAUCACGAUUGCUACGAAGAACAGGACUUCAAUGCCGUCGUUCGGGGUAUCGAGGUACUUCUACGUGGGCGGUGGGGGGACGUCAGCUCGCCGCUGAAAGACGUGAGCAUUUAUGCAAGCUCGGACAAUUACGAGUUCGAGCCGGCAUGGGUGGACUCACUGAGGGAGCUGCCGAGCCUGGAUGAUGCAAAUUGGAGUGUGGGACCGGCGAGUCAGAUUAUGGAUUGCGAUACACUAUGUGAAGAUUUAGCAAGCGUUUCCUUGUCGACCUCGAUGGAAAUGUAGUAGGUUUGAGAAUUAGUUGAGUUUACGUGCGAUAGAAUGUAGGAAUAU